GCAAAGCUAGGAACAACAAGGAGACAGUCGGGGAGGGAUUAUCUGUUAACUACGCUUAUCUCCAUGUGAUAUGGUAGCCAACAAAAGUGUCCAAACUGUUUUUUCUUGUGUCUUGAGCUCCUCGGUAUGUCAGCUCGGUUGCUACAUGAAGGCCUGGAUCAGUCUAAGUUUAUGUUAGCAGUCUGACGUUAGCAGCUCCUGCUGGUGACUUCAAACUACUUGUCAGCAUCAGCCCCGCUCGCUCCCGGACCAGACUCGGGACUGCUGCCUUGUUUUCAGCCUGCCUGGGCACUGUUUGGUGGUAGCGUAAAAACAAAAGUCUCCUGGACCAGCAGCACUAUUGGGAGAGUGGAGCUAUGCCGGCAACGUGACAAGAGGGGAGCCGCUGAGUCAGCUUCAACAGGAACCAUGGAAGGGUUUCAGAAAUCUGCUGAAGAGCAACACAACAGGGUAAACGGCUACUGCGAGCCCAAGUCCCCCCAGGACACAGCUGAUGUUAGGUGGACGACGCCAGAGAGAGAGUCCGCAGGUUCAGACAGCUGCGGGGGGAGAAGUGUGUCAGAGCUGACUGACGUGCAAGACUUGAAAGCCAGAGAAAGCGAGAAUGAGGAGGACAAGGAGGACAAGGAGGUAGUGCCUGCUUCUAAAGGCCUGAAAGGGGACCAGAAGAAAAGAGAGAAAGAGAGUCAGGAUCCAGAGGAGAACGAUCACAGCAGACAGAACAGCAGUGCAGCCUCCAGCUACACAGACCUGUCGCAAACCUCGUCUCCUUCGCUGUCGGAGCAGCUACGUCUUGGCCGAGAAGAAAGCACAGGGGCUGGGAUCAGUGUGGAGUGUAAGGUCUGUGGGGACAAGGCUUCAGGCUUCCACUAUGGCGUGCAUGCGUGCGAGGGUUGCAAGGGCUUUUUUCGGCGAACUGUGCGGAUGAAACUGGAAUAUGAGCGCUGUGAGCGUUCCUGCAAGAUUCAGAAGAAGAAUCGUAACAAGUGCCAAUAUUGUCGCUUCCAGAAGUGCCUGUCUUUGGGAAUGUCCCAUGAUGCUAUCCGAUAUGGACGUAUGCCUGAGGCGGAGCGGAAGAAGCUGGUGGCAGGCCUGCUCGCAGAAGAACUGAACCACGGCAAACCGGGUGGCUCAGACCUGAAGACCUUGGCCAAACAAGUCAACACAGCCUACCAGAAAAACCUCAGUAUGACCAAGAAAAGGGCCCGCAGCAUCCUAACGGGCAAAACCAGCAGCACCUCGCCAUUUGUGAUCUACGAUGUAGACACACUCUGGAAGGCAGAAAGUGGUUUGGUAUGGAGCCAGUUACUUCCUGGUGCACCCCUGACCAAGGAGAUUGGGGUCCAUGUGUUCUACCGCUGCCAGUGCACUACGGUGGAGACUGUGCGAGAGCUCACUGAGUUCGCCAAGUGCAUUCCAGGGUUUGUGGACCUCUUCCUUAAUGACCAGGUGACUUUGCUGAAGUAUGGUGUGCAUGAGGCUAUUUUUGCCAUGCUGCCCUCUCUCAUGAACAAAGAUGGACUUUUGGUAGCCAAUGGUAAAGGCUUUGUUACCAGGGAGUUCCUGCGCAGCUUAAGAAAGCCUUUCAGUGAGAUCAUGGAGCCCAAGUUUGAGUUUGCCGUCAAGUUCAAUGCUCUGGAGCUGGAUGACAGUGACCUGGCCCUGUUUGUUGCCGCCAUUAUUCUCUGUGGAGAUCGUCCUGGGCUAAUGAACGUGAAGCAGGUGGAGCAGAGUCAGGACAACAUCCUUCAGGCGUUGGACCUCCACCUCCAAGCAAACCACUCUGACUCUGUCUACCUCUUCCCCAAGCUGCUGCAGAAGAUGGCUGACCUCCGUCAGCUGGUUACUGAGAACGCUCAGCUUGUCCAAAAGAUCAAAAAGACUGAGUCGGAGACCUCGCUCCACCCUCUACUACAGGAGAUCUACAAAGACAUGUAUUAGUAGUCUCCAGCACAGACUGCUUCUAGCAAUACUGUUACAGACUGAAUAUACGUUUAUAAUAAUACACUGCAUUCAGUACAAGCACUGUUCCAUGUACGGGCAUGGAUUUUUAACGUGCAGAUGAGGCAAAGUCACAUCGUAGGGCUAACACAAUCAGCAAAGUCUUCUCAGCGUCAGCAUUACCUUCAGCACAGCAAUGUGUGUCUGUGUGUAUGGGAGUGUGUAUGUGUGCGUGCGUGCAAUGAGCAUCUGGAAUCAUUUGCUGCAAGUCCUAGUUUCCCACAACGGUCACUUAACAGUGAGAAUGAUCUGUUUUCUUACCGAGGCUGCUCCUAUUUCAUCCUAAUAGCAAAGCUGACCCCAGAGCAGCGUCUAGAGAGAGCUUCUCCUCACUUGCCUCGGCUCUGUGUUUUGCUGUAAAGGGAAAGCAUUUCAUGUUCUUACACCAAUGGCAUUGUUCAAACAGAAAAGAGCCAUCAGUUUGUACUGUACAAGAAUUUCUUAAAAUUGCCAAUGUCUUUUGGUAGAGUGAUUGUUCUCUAACUUUUUGGUAAAGCUGAAGAUGCACAAAUUGGUUUUUGUUUACAUCAUUAUCAUCAUCAUCAUCAUCACCAGUGACCUCUAUCUUUGCCAUUUGGUUUAAAGAACACAAACUGGGCUGGCUCCAGCAGUGUAGAGCUCUCUCAAUGCAGCUGUCUGUGCAAUACCAUUUCCAUUUGUCAAUAAAUGUGGAGAUCCAAGUUAUAUAGGUUUUGUCUUAAAGCCAUCUACCUGAUUGGUAACUAAUGGACUAUGCUGCACAGGUUUUGUUUCUGAAGCUGACACUAUAAACACCUGACCCACUGAAGUACAAGGGACAGCAUGUUUUUCCUGUUUUUCCUUCUUCUUUUGACAUGCAAAUGUUCAUGAACUUGCCAUUUUAAAGUUUUUCUUAGUUUACUCUUUGUAAUUAUGUCACUAAUUAUUUGUAAUUGUUGAUCAUAUUUGUAAGGGCAAAACAUGAAUUAUCACCGUGUUUUAUGUAUUAAGUAUAUGUUUUCUUUCUUAUUACAUGCCUGCCUGUUUAGUUUUAAGUUGUACCAAAUAUAUCAUCAAGCCUACCAACAAACUUUUCCUUGAUGAUGAGGAAUUUGGAUUUCAUGCCUUAGCAGGUUUCUACCUAAAACCAACAUACCAUGAUAUCAUUAUUGGGAGAUGAUUAGAAAUCAAUAUCUAGAAUCUGAUAAAAUAAGUCUUUUCUGUACUCACCCUCAAUAUUACCACAGUCUUAUUGUUUUUUGUGUACAUUCUGAUUUGUCUUGUUAGGAGACCCACAACUGUAAUAGCCUUACUAUGGCCUGCUUUCAGAGGUUUCCUGGAAAUCCUCCUCUUGUGCUCUUACUCUGUCUUGAUCCCUAUCUACCUCUAAUGUAUGAUCUGUGACAAUAUUCCACUGUCUCAUCUAAUCUCUUGACUUUUUUUUUUUUUUUGCCUUAAUUCCUGCUAUUGGUACAAAAUUGAUAUCAUUGGCUGAUGUGCAGUGUGCCAAGCAAGUAAAGGGGGUGUGGAUAAAACAUGAAAGUGCACCAAAAAGUUGAUGUAAGCUACCUCUAUGCCUAUGUAAGUGAUGGAUUGACAUAUUUGUUCUCAAAAAAUGUUAUAUGACUUGAAAGAAUUUCGUCCUUUUAGUCAAAUGUAACCAUAUGCAGCUCUAGUUAAGAUACAUCUCGCUUAUAAACUUUUAUUAGAAAUAUUA